UAUUGUUCAAUUCCAUUAGGUUAGCUAUUAUAUUAUUAUUAUUAUUAUUAUUAUAACUAUUAUAAUUAUUAUUAUUAUCAUCAUUAUCAUUAUUUUCAUUAUCAUUAAUAUUUUUUUUACUUUUAUUCUGACAUUCAUUUCGUAUCCACUACAUCUACCAUGGACGAAUAUGAAAGAUACGACCAUGGUGCGUUGUUGAGAGAUCGAUAUCAAAAAUGUGGAGACAUUAGUGAAGGUUCUUAUGGUUUAGUAUCACUUGCUAAAGAUACUUUACAUAAUGAUAUUCUUGUUGCUGUUAAAUUCAUUUAUCCAAUAGGUUAUAAACGAGAUGGAGGAGGAGAUAAUGAUAAAGAAAAAGAUCAACGACCAUCUUCAAGUCCUGCUAAACUUCGAUCUCCUAAUUCAAAGCCAAAAGGUUUUAAACAUAAUAAAGAUUCCAUACUUAAUGGACUUUAUCAAGAGGCAGAGAAAGAAAUCAAGAUCCAUAAGAUUCUUGGAUCUCAUGCCAAUAUUUCUACAUUGUAUGAUCAUUUUGAUUCUUAUUUAAUUUUAGAUUAUUGUUCUCGAGGUGAUUUAUAUGAAGCAAUUCAUAAUUUUAAUGGUCCAACAACCACUCAAGAUAUUAAAGAUGUAUUUCAACAAAUUUUAAAUGCUUUAGAAUUUUGUCAUAAUCAUGGAGUUUAUCAUCGAGAUUUAAAACCGGAAAAUAUUUUAAUUACUGAAGAUUGGUCAAUUAAAUUAUGUGAUUGGGGGUUAGCAACUACUAAUAAAAUUAUAACUGAUAAAGAUGAAUUUGAUGUUGGAUCUGAACGUUAUAUGGCUCCAGAAUUAUUUGAUUCUGAAUUAGAUAAUUAUGAUGCUUCAAAAAUUGAUCUUUGGUCAAUUGGAGUAAUUUUAUUAACUUUAGUAUUUCAUAAAAAUCCUUUUCAAGUAGCAAAUUAUUCCGAUAAAAGAUUUAUUCAAUUUGCUGGAAAUCGAGAAGUGUUAUUUGAUAUCUUUCCCCGUAUGAGUGGUGAUAUGUUUAAAGUUUUAAGAUCUUGUUUAAAUAUUGAUCCGGAUAAUCGUAGUUUACAAAAUACAAAGAAUGAUUUAGAAGAACUUCGAUAUUUUACAAUUGAUGAAGAAUAUUGGGCUAGUGAUUAUGAAGAAGAUGAUGGAGAAGAUGAAUAUGUUGAGAAUGAAAAUGAGAAUGACAAUGACCAUGAAAAUGAAAAUGAAACUGAAGAAAUCGAUUAUAAUUAUAAGAGAAAUGAUAUUCUUGGUCAAUCACCAUUAAAACCAAGAUUUGUUAAUGAGAAAACUUCUCAAGAAAAAGUUUCUUCUUCAUUAUCUACUACUGAUAAUGAUUCUAAUCGUAUUAAACAUUAUGGUAAUAUAGAAUCUCAAUCUCGAGUUUUAGAUGAUUUCCCAAUUCCUCAUAAUCAUAGAGCUGAUGCACUUCUUUCAAGUACAACUAAUUUGAAACCAAUUCCAAUUGGAAGCUUUGGAGGUGGAGGUAAUAAAUUUAGAAAUACUAGAAAACCAUUUAAUGUAGCUUCUUAUAAUCAAUCACAAAAUUUAAGAGUUCAACAAUCAAAGUUUAAUAGAGAAGAUUUCUUUACCCCCAAAUCAGUUUUUAAUCAUUAUAUGGAUAAAUAUGGUGAACAAAGAUUUAAUAAUAUUGAUAGUAAAAUUCAUGAAAAUUUACCAUCAAAUGGGGAUGGUAAAAAGAGGAAACUUCGCUCUUGGAAGAAAAAUUAUCGAAAGAAUAAACCAAGAAGUAGAUCUGGUAGACGUCAAGAACAUUCUUCUCAAUAUCAUCAUGGGAAGGAUGAAACUUCUAGUCAAAAUAAUAAUAAUAAUCAAGGAACUUCUCAUAAGAGAAAGUCUAGACUGUUUUCUGCUACAAAAGCUAGAAAAUUCAUUGGAACUCCUAGUAAUGUUAAUGCUACCAACAGUAAUAAUAAUACCAAUGGUAAUGCAGUUGCAUCUACUUUCCAUCUGUUAGCUCCAGGAACGCCUCAUUCUUAUGGCUCAUCUACUGGAAAAUAUGCUCCUCCUCAUUUAAGAUCUCCUACUUAUGCUAGAUCUCCUGUUAUUGAACCGGUAACUGAAGAGAUGCUGAGAUUAAAUUUGAAUGAUGAGGAAGUAUUCCAUUUGGAAGGGGAUUUUGAAUUAAGUGAAAUUGAUAAAUUGAAAUCUGAAAAUGAAAGUAGUAGUGGUUAUGGAUACUUUAAAAAACCAGCUUAUAAAAACAAUAAUAAUAGUCAUAGUAGUCAUAUUUUAAUAUCUGAAAAUGAUAAAGUAGUUCAAGUUACAAAUGCUAUUAGUGAACCGAUUGUUCCUAAUACUACUAUUGUUAAUGGUCAUAGUUUUAAGAAUACAUUUAUGGGUCAAAAAUGGCCAAUAUCUGCUCAGGAUAGUAUAUCCACUCUUUCUUCUUCAGCCAAUUCUGUUAAUGGUAAAUAUGUUCCACCAUUUAGACGAGGUUCGAUAUCACAUCAAACUCCAGCAGUUCCAGUUCCAACUUCAUCUGGUACACAAUCAGUUCAAGUUCCAAUUCCUAAAUUUUCUAAAAAAGGUAAGGAUGAUAUAAGUCAUUCUAAAUUUCUUCCUAAUGGAUCACUUCCUUCUGCCAUCUUAAGUGGAACAUCUUCAGUGAAUGGAAGUGAUGGAUCUUUCUAUAGAAAAGAAUGGAGUGAUUAUGAAUAGUUUAUUGAUAGUUUAAUUAAAAAGAUCAGUUUAAGAAAAAUAUACAUAUACGACAUAGUUUAUUAUACUAAUAAUUAUACUAUAGAAGAUUCUAUCUUUACUGUAGACGAUAC